CCAAACAGAAAUCCUAAUUUCAUAUGUGGCACGAAUGUUCAGAGCCAAAAUGUCGUCAUUUGACCACAACCAUCCAACAUCCAUAUAAACCUUGGGAGGAUCCUCUGAAAAGAGGAAACAGAACCGCCAUUUCCUACGAGACUUUAACCCAGCAGGGGGAGGCGAGAUCCGAGAGGCGAGCCACUGAGGAGGAAAAGGGGGAGUUAAGAGAGAGGCAGAGGGAGAGACGGAGAGGAGAGUGCGUGACAGAGGGGUUGAGAGAGAGAGAGAGAGAGAGAGAGAGGACGCUGCUGUUAAUAGAAGAGGAAACGUUUGGUGGCGGAACAGUGCACAACCCAGGGACUACAGCAUUGCCGUUGGAUUUAACAGCCCGGGCAGAUAUUUCCCCCUCUUUUUUUCCCCUUUACCCCAUCUUUCUGUUUGUUUAAAACUGCGAGGAUGUCUGGACAGAGCAUAACAGACCGGAUAGCGGCAGCGCAACACAGUGUUACCGGUUCGGCGGUGUCCAAGACGGUGUGCAAGGCGACCACGCACGAAGUCAUGGGGCCAAAGAAGAAGCAUUUGGACUAUCUGAUCCACUGCACCAACGAGAUGAAUGUGAACAUCCCUCAGCUGGCCGACUCGCUGUUCGAGCGCACCACCAACACCAGCUGGGUGGUCGUGUUCAAAUCCCUCAUCACCACACACCACCUUAUGGUCUACGGCAAUGAGAGAUUUGUACAAUAUCUGGCCUCCAGGAACACAUUAUUCAACCUCAGUAAUUUUUUGGACAAAAGCGGGUUACAAGGAUAUGACAUGUCCACCUUCAUCCGAAGGUACAGCCGCUACCUGAACGAAAAGGCAGUCUCAUACAGACAAGUGGCUUUCGACUUCACAAAAGUAAAAAGAGGGGCGGAUGGCGUAAUGAGAACUUUGAACACCGAGAAGCUCCUAAAGACCAUCCCUAUCAUCCAAAACCAGAUGGAUGCACUCCUCGACUUCAACGUAAAUGCCAACGAGCUCACAAACGGGGUCAUUAACGCUGCAUUCAUGCUUCUGUUUAAAGACGUCAUCCGCUUGUUUGCAGCCUACAAUGAAGGGAUCAUCAACUUGCUUGAGAAGUACUUUGACAUGAAGAAAGCCCAGUGUAAAGAAGGCCUGGACAUCUAUAAGAAAUUCCUCACUCGAAUGACGAGAAUCUCAGAGUUUCUCAAAGUAGCAGAGCAAGUGGGAAUUGACCGAGGGGACAUACCAGACCUAUCACAGUUUACAGUUUGUGCCCCCAGUAGCCUCCUGGAUGCCCUCGAGCAGCAUUUGGCUUCAUUAGAGGGGAAAAAGGUUAAGGACUCAACGGCCGCCAGCAGAGCCAGUACACUAUCCAAUGCGGUGUCCUCCCUGGCCAACACGGGAAUCUCUUUCACCAAAGUUGAUGAGAGGGAAAAGCAGGCAGCUCUGGAGGAAGAGCAGGCUCUAUUAAGAGCUCUUAAGGAGCAGCGCUUGAUGGAACUGUCCAAGAAGCCCUCCACGACUGCUGCAUCUCCCGUUUCCACAGCGACAGGCACCAUCAGUUCCACCCCUGCCAUUGACCUGUUCUCUACACCCAGCAGCUUCAUUAACAGUACUCCGAAGGUGCCGAACGAUCUGUUGGACCUGCAGCCCACGUUCCAGCCCUCCCUGCCUCUCUCCACUGGCCUGCCUUUAGCCAACACAUGGGGAGAUCCUUUCACGUCUACAGAGACUGUUGACGACUCCAUUCCAAACUUUAAUCCUUUCCUUACAAAAAUUGUUGAUCCUGUCCAUCUGCCUGUUGUGUCUUCAGAUGCUGUUAGUUUUUCCUCUAGGACACCCAGUCAUGAAAUGUUCUGUGACUCGUUCUGCUCUCCAGCUGCUUACCCUAGCACUCCUCUCUUCCACGCUGAGCCCUCCGCUGUAGCUGGACUAUUCGGAGGGUUCUCUGCUCCUCCCGCCGCCCAGCCUCCCAGUUCAACAGGCCUUAAUGUCGACUUUGACUCCGUGUUCGGCAACAAGUUGGCCACCAGCAGCACAGACUCGGCUGAUGAUAUUUUAGGUGGCAUCCUGAAACCCACAGUGGCCUCUUCCAACCAGGGCCUGAUGCCCAGCGCCCAACAGCAAGGCAAACUGGUUUCCGAUGACUUGGAUUCCUCCCUUGCCAACCUUGUGGGCAAUCUUGGUAUUGGAAACGGAACAACAAAGAAUGACAUUCACUGGAGUCAUCCCGGUGAAAAGAAGUUGACUGGAGGAAACAACUGGCAACCAAAGAUGGCUCCGACCACAACAUGGAAUCCUGCCACCAUGUGGGAUAAACAGGAUGGCAUUUUUUUCCCACAAUAUGCACCUUCUGUCAUGGCCUUCCCUGCCACGACGCCCACAGGAAUGAUGGGAUACUCAGUGACCCCUCAAAUGGGCUCCAUGACCAUGAUGACCCAGCCCACCAUGAUGUACACUCAGCCUGUGAUGCGGCCAGCCAAUCCCUUCGGCCCGGUCUCAGGGGCACAGCUCUCUACAGCCUCUAGUCCUUCCAGUUCAAGUCUUCUCCGAGCUCCGGGACAGGACCCUUUUGCACAGAUGUCUAUGAAGGAUUUCCUUUAGACCGUCUUUAGAUGCAGUUCAUGUAGGUGAAGGAGGGUGGAUGCUUCCCAAGGAGGAAUUAUAUGGCAAAUCUCAAACCUUUAAUCUCUCUCCAGUUGACUAUUCGACUCCUCACGGAGAGUUCUGCCCCAGUACAAACCUGUACAGGAAUCAGAGGGAGGGGUGGGAGGGGCUUUAUGGGAUAUGACGGGUGGGGACGGGAUGGGUAAGACUCUUUUACCCAGAGAUGGAGGACACUGCGCUCACUUUGUAAUUUGUCGCUGUAACAUUUAUUGUACCAAUCUGCAUCUGUAAUUAAACGAAUGGGUGUUGAGAGAGCGCGAGUGCUGGAAUGUGGUGGGUUUUCACUCAAACACGGCUUCACUUUUUUCCCAUGGAGGGAUUUGGGUGGACUUCUGUCUUUAUCCGAUCACCAAUCAAGCAUUACCUGAUUUAAUGAUCACCCAUUAGAAAUUCUAACAUUGGUUUCUACCAUGAUUUCUACUUUAUUUCUAUUUUUUAUGACGUUUGCAGUUGACAUUCCUUGUGUAUUGUCUGUAUUUAUUUAUGAUUUACCCACUGAGUACAUGAAAGAAAUUCUUUUUUCCUUUUUUUUUUUUACUCUUUCUUAUGGGAGGUGUUUUGAAUUAUGCAUUCAUAUGGGUAUGACUGGUUGUUUAUUUCAGAUUUUGACUGACUGAAUUAUGAAAAAAAAAAAACAUAUAAAUGGGGGGGGAAUGGACACUUAUAAACUGACUGGUACAGCACUAAGUAUUCUCAGAAACAGUUCUAUGUCUAGUGCAAUUUCUUUAUAGCUCAAACACUCGCCGCCUUCCAUUCGUAACAGACAGAGGAUAAAAUAUAUGAAUCAUUAUGACACAGUCAGUUCUGUCCCCCGGGAGGUGGGUGGGUUUUUGUGAGGGAGCAUUUAGCAAAGCACUACAUUUGUGAUUCAGCGACAUUGCAUUUGGGGAAGAUCUGUAUUGCUUUCUGUUUGGCAUGUCAUAAUUUUACAUUUGACCGUUAUAUGGCUGCCUUUUCAACCUGAAUGUGCAGAGUCGCCUUCAUUUUCGGGCCAUCCUGAAGGAGAACAGUUGUGGGUGUGUUUGUGGCUGCGAAUGUGAGCAAGGAACGCAGGAUGCUGUCGGUGUCAGGAUGGGUUUGGUAGGGUCUAGCUGUAGGUCCAGUAGAGUGAUGAAAAGGGGGGGCUGUUGAUCAGUGCUCCGUGUAUAUAAAACCAGCCCUGUCCAAUAUCGAGGUACACAUAGGGUGGCCCGAAUAUGAGCGCGAUCCUAUCCAUUGAUUUAUCAUAUUUACUCCAUCAUCCCCGCAGAUUCUAUUUUGUUUAAAUGACAAUAAAUAAAUAAAUAUGAAGCAGAAUUUGGGUGAUUUUCAAAUAAAGUGCAGAUCCCACAGAA